AUGGCGUCUACCACGGCUAUGGAUGUUCUGGAGGAGCUAUCUUCGGAUAGUUCCGAAGAACAGGUACAACUAAGAAAGCCCAAGAAAGCCAAAAGGGGAAAGGGCAGACCAAAGAAAGAGAAGCCGGCAAAGAAGGCCAAGAAAGAGAGGCAGGAGAAAGCAAAGCCGGAGAAAAAGCCGAAGAAGCCAGAGAAAGACAAGCAGGAGAAAGCGAAGCCAAAGAAGAAGCCCGAGCAAGAAAACCGUGAGCAAGAGACUCCUGAGCAGGAGAAUCCCGAGUCAGAGGUGCAACGGUGUCGCUCACUUCGCCUUCGCGUCAAGGAAGAAGAGCGUAGAGCUGCCCGUCUGAUCAGACGCCGUAAGAACAGCUUCGCUAUCUACUUUCUGAAGGUGCUGAAAAACAUCCAUGUGGGUCUCUCCCUCUCGCAGCGGUCUGUGAACAUCCUGGAUUCAUUCGUGAAGGAUAUGUUUGAAAGAAUUGCAUCCGAAGCCAGCUUCUUGGCCCGUCAAACCAAAAGCUCUACUAUCAACUCCAGAGAGAUCCAGACCGCUGUCCGACUUCUGCUUCCUCCUGAGCUCUGCAGGCGUGCAGUGGCCGAAGGAACCAUGGCGAUGGUCCGGUACAUCUCCAACAAGUAA